GUUUCUAGGACUGGGACAUUGAGCUGGAAAAGAUGGCGAAGGAUUGGGCGACUUGCUCCCGACUUGGUACGAGGGAGACAAAUCUGGUCGGGGAACUGUUCGGACAGAAUAUAGCAUUGUCGCCAGAGGGCGAUGUGGUGGGGUUACUACAACAGUGGAUGGCACAGCAGGAGCAUUACAACUACCACAAUAACACGUGCGCUGGGAACAACACAUGUAGAGACUAUCUGCAGAUGGUUUGGGCAGCGACAAACCGGGUUGGCUGCGCCAUUGCGGCAAACUGCGAGACCAAAGAACGGAAGAUCAGCAUGCUGGUGUGCUACUACUCUCCACCGAUGGAAAGGUGGACUAAGCCGUACCGACUAGGGGAGUCCUGUACUAAGUGUCCUACCGAAGCUUCAUUUUGCGACAAAGGACUGUGUGGAUCAAUGCUGAUGACCAAUCACCUCGGAACGUAA